AUGAGCCAACGCUGGAGCGGAGUCAGCAGCCGGGCGGACAUGGUGCCCGAGAUCGCCGCCGCCGUGGGCUUCGUGUCCAGCCUGCUCCGGACCCGGGGCUGUGUCAGCGAGCAUCAGCUGCAGGUCUUCAGCGGGGCCCUGCAGGGGGCGCUCACAGAGCAUUACAAACAUCAUUGGUUUCCCGAGAAACCCUUCAAAGGUUCUGGGUAUCGCUGCAUCCGAAUCAAUCACAAAAUGGACCCCAUUAUCAGCAAAGCAGCUAGCCAGAUCGGACUCAACCUCCAGCAGCUCUAUCAGCUCCUGCCCAGUGAACUCACGCUCUGGGUGGACCCGUAUGAGGUGUCUUACCGGAUCGGUGAAGAUGGCUCCAUCUGUGUUUUGUAUGAAGCAGCAGCGGCAACACCUGUGAGCUCCUAUGGGAUGCUCACGUGUAAAAACCAGAUGAUGUUGGGUCGUACGAGCCCUUCCAAAAACUACAUGAUGACUGUCUCCAGCUAAAUGCUCCUAUUGUUCUUACACCGCUAAGACAUGGGCUACUGUAUACCUCACUGGAGGAUCUAUUUUUAAAUGAAGAGCUAUUUAUAUUUUUUAAAAAAAGCAAGAAAAUCCCAAAUGAAAUUUAA